GAACGUCUCACUAGUCAUGGCAGCUUGGGAUUGUCAAGUAGUAGUCCUGCUUAUACGACACAUACAAGCGGCCACAGUGGACGGGGAGGACCUUCUUCAGGACAUGGUAGUCAUGGCGGAACCCAUGGGUCUGCGGCUGCAAUGCAUCACCAAUCCUUGCAAUCAGAUUUUCAACCCCCCUAUUUCCCUCCACCGUUCCAUCAUUCAACUCAGAGUCCACCACAACAACAGGUACCUGCAUAUUUACAGAAUCAUGGAGCAUUAGAAUAUUUGGGGACAGACCCGUACGGUCAACCGCUUUCCUCUUUGCACCAUGCUCCGCUGCACCAUUAUAAUCAACUCGCGGGCCUACGAACAACUCAAGAUCAACUUGGUAUACACAGAUCUCAUAGAGAGGCAGAACUUCAAGGUCAUGUGGCUCAGCUAUCUCAUGGCUUUCCAUACACAGAUAGAAGAGUGGAAUAUGGUAGUACACUAACAGGAGGAACCACACAUGGCGGCCGGUUAGCUCAUGACCAUGAUCCCUUAGCCCUACAUCAAGCGCUACAGAAUGCCGUUGACGAUGUCCAAAAUCCCGGUAUAGAUGACAAUGUUACAUUUAUGUCGGACCUACCUCUAAUAAAAAGUAUUAAAAGUGGGAAAGAAAUUGGCAGUAUUGGAUCCGGUUCGCCCAGUGAGGUAUUCUGCGCUGUUCCAGGACGACUUAGCCUUCUUUCCAGCACGUCCAAAUACAAAGUUACAAUUGCCGAGGUGCAAAGGAGGUUAUCUCCGCCCGAAUGUUUAAACGCUUCUUUACUAGGCGGAGUCCUUCGAAGAGCCAAGAGUAAGAAUGGCGGGCGACUUCUAAGGGAAAAACUUGAAAAAAUUGGCUUGAACUUACCUGCUGGAAGACGAAAGGCUGCUAAUGUUACAUUGCUCACAUCUUUAGUGGAAGGAGAAGCUACUCACCUGGCAAAAGAUUUCCAUUUCGUCUGCGAAACUGAGUUUCCAGCACGUCAGCUUGCCGAGUAUGUUAUAAGACAUCAAACAGAACCCCAAGAUUCUUAUCGACGAAAAGAACUUCUUAUUCAUUCGCAACAGAUAACAAAGGAACUUAUGCAAGUGCUAAGCCAAGAUCGCACUACGCAAUAUGGUACCAGAUCCCAACAUUUUCUAGAGCCGUCAAUGCAACGUCACUUAACACACUUCUCUUUGAUUACCCAUGGAUUUGGAUCCCCAGCCAUUAUGGCCGUAUUGCACGCAUUCCAGACUUUUCUUAAUGAAUCACUAAAUUAUUUAGACAAAUUAUACCCCUCAAAUAGUGGUGGCAUGGUAUCUUCUUCUCUUGACAAGAAUAAACUCGAUAGUGAUAAGAAAUGAUAGAAUAAACUUGCUUUAUUUUAUUAAAAGAACGUUUUAAACGAAGUUAAAUAUACAAGCUUUUAUUACAGAAAGAGUUUAGUAUGUUUCGUAAAGAAAUAUAUACGGCCUAUGUAUGUAUGUGAGCAGUUUAUAUUUAAAAUAUAAUUUUAAGAUUAUAUCGGCGCUUGGCGUUCAAUAUCUCUUAUACCGCAAACUGAAUAUCACGUAUGUAUGUAUGUAUUUAUUUAUGUAAAACAAAGUACGAAAUUUUCACAAAAGAGCAACGACAUUGAUAACACUGUAGGGAAACUAAAAUGAUAAAAAAGCGUUGAAACAUGUAAGCUUAAUUGUGAGUCGUAGAUUACGGAUCUGCAUACCGCUUUCUAGAUAAGAUCGCGUACGAUAGUGCGUAUGAGUAACAUUAUUUCCACACGAGAAAUAUUUUUCAUUAUUUCAGAACUUGAGAUUUUCCUUACAGCGUAAUUAAAACUUGUGAAGGAUGUUUUAACUUUAAAAGUGAGCUUCUAUCUACAAUAAUUAUACAGUGCUACAAAAAUAAAAACGGAAUACACCCGAUAUAUAAGAUAGAGCAAGUUGUAAGUAGGGUCGAAUACAACAUACAAAUAGGUUUCUUGUAGUCCUUGAACCUUUCAUUUUUUCAUCCGUUAUUUUCGUACUUAAUGCACUAAUCCAUUGAAUUAAAUUAGGGUACGGUAUUAAUUUAGGACUCAAUUCCUCAGUUAAUAGUAGUAGUAUUUACUACCUACAUAAUCGACACAAUUUCUUUUUUUUUUCGUUUAAAUUGGAGACCAUAGCAAGAUGUACUCACAUCCAAGACAACAUGUCAGAAGAGCCAAAAAUACAGACAGUAACCAACAAAGAAUACACAAGACCAUCCAGGGAUGCCAACUCAUUUCAUCUUUCUCGGAAUUUUUAGAAGCCAAUAUAAUUCUAGUGGGUAAAAAUUACAGUCGAAUUUUGAUUUUUUUUUUUUGCUAGGGCCUCUCGCACUUCCUUCCACUCGGCUCACUUGAAUUUAUAUAUUAUCAUUAUUUAAUAUUAGCUAAUGAAAAUAAA